GGGUGGGUGGGGAUUCGUGCCGGAUCUACCUCGGCUGGCAUCGGCGGGGACGGGGCUGCCUUUGGGGCGCUCGAACUAAAGUCGCUGGCGGCCGCCAUUCGCGCAUCGCAGCGCCUGUCUAACCGUCGCUAUGUCGGAUUUCGACAGCAACCCUUUCGCGGACCCGGACCUUAACAACCCUUUCAAGGAUCCUUCCGUUACACAAGUGACUAGAAAUGUUCCACCAGGAUUAGAUGAGUACAACCCUUUCUCAGACGCCAGAACGCCACCACCAGGAAAUGUCAAAAUUCCUAAUGUGCCCAGUACACAACCUGCUAUAAUGAAACCAACUGAGGAACCACCCGCUUAUACUCAAAUUGCAAAGGAGCAUGCCUUGGCCCAGGCUGAACUGCUUAAGCGACAGGAAGAAUUAGAGCGAAAAGCAGCUGAACUAGAUCGCAGGGAAAGAGAGAUGCAGAGUCUCAAUCAGCAGGGAGGAAGAAAGAACAAUUGGCCUCCACUGCCAGGAAAUUUCCCAGUGGGCCCUUGUUUUUACCAGGAUUUUUCAGUAGACAUCCCUGUAGAGUUCCAGAAAACAGUAAAGAUUAUGUACUAUUUGUGGAUGUUCCAUGCAGUGACAUUAUUUCUUAAUAUUUUUGGAUGUCUGGCCUGGUUUUGCCUUCAGCCCAGGCGAGGAGUUGACUUUGGACUGAGUAUUCUCUGGUUCUUGCUUUUUACGCCAUGUUCAUUUGUCUGCUGGUACAGACCACUUUAUGGAGCUUUCAGGAGCGAUAGCUCCUUCAGGUUCUUUGUUUUCUUCUUUGUAUACAUUUGUCAAUUUGCUGUGCAUGUCCUUCAAGCUGUAGGAUUCCAAGGUUGGGGGAACUGUGGAUGGAUUUCAUCUCUCACUGGACUUAACCAGAGCAUUCCAGUAGGCAUUAUGAUGAUAGUCAUAGCAGCACUUUUUACAGCUUCUGCAGUCAUCUCACUAAUUAUGUUUAAAAAGGUACAUGGUUUAUACCGUACAACUGGAGCAAGUUUUGAGAAGGCCCAACAAGAAUUUGCAACGGGUGUGAUGUCCAACAAAACUGUACAAACUGCUGCAGCAAAUGCUGCCUCAACAGCAGCAACCAGUGCUGCUCAAAAUGCUUUCAAGGGUAAUCAAAUAUAGACAAAAGAGAUGAAACACAUUACAAAUUUCUGGCUGUACUUUAUUUUCCAGUCCCUAAAGACUUAUGUUAAAAAUGCACACAGCAUGUAUGUCUUUUCAGCUGUGCAUGGGCUAAGACAGAAAAAAGAUCAUUUCAUUCCUUUUAGAAUUUUUUAAUGAGAAGUUCUUCCUAGCUACACAACUAGCUUACAAUAGUUACUUAUUUUCUCCAUAUUUUUUGGAGGUACGUGAUAUUUGAUGAAAAUUAGAACAGUAGCUUUAAAAUUCAUACAGAAAGUUUAGCUUCUGAGAUAAGCAAACAAUUUUGUUUUUCCAUGGUGUGUAUCGCUCUCUGUGGAGCUGUUCCUCCUGACUUGAGACAAGCACUUUGAAUUAAUCCUGUUCAUAACACUUUGCUUCCCUGUUUUCGUAAGAAACAAAAGAAGCUGACAAUUUUGAACAUUAAAUUUUGGCUGCUGCUUUGUAGCUCCAGCAGCUGAUGAAGGACAGACGUAAGCUUAAAAUAAGUAUGAUAGAUAAUGUAAAUUCUUUUUUUAGGAGAAUAGAUUUUUUUAAUAAUCUGAGUCUGCAUGAAAGAAUUUUGACCAUGCUGCACUAGUGUUCUGGUCCAGAAAUUGUCUAUCAGGUUAAUAGUAUUUGUUAAGAUCUGUUUUCAUGGUGUAUAUAGUGUUCUAAUUAGGUAUCUUGGAGCACAGAUGUCUUCAUCCAAGUAAUGCAACAUGAAGUGAAAAGAAUUAUGUUUUAACUGAGGCAGAAUUGUUACAUUUGUUCUUUUUGAUUUUACCAUUCAUGACUAGGAAGCACAUAUUUCUAAACAGAAUCUGUUUAGCAAUAUUUAAAACACUAAUAGCUAGUCCAUUCUGACUUGUGUUAAAUUGUAGUGGAAUUUAUUUUGUGUUUCAGAAUUUUGACAUUUUUAGAGUGUGCAUUUGUGUUUAAUGCUAUUAUAUCUUUAGUCUUGUCAGUCACUCUGUUUAGUAUUUGUAUAAACAUCUGAAUAUUCAAUAACUUAUUUAAAUUUUUAACAUUACUGUAGAUCCUAAUCAGGCUUCUAAACACUGAUAAUUAUGCACUUGAAUUCUUUUAACAUACUUCAGCCUUCAUAUGAGAUUUAAUCUGAAUAAGUGCAUUUUAUUAAAUGCAAAUUGAAGAUACACUUUAUCAUAAUUAGUUUAGUGUGGUGCUAUAUGGCAGCUUUUUAUUAUUUUAAUUCUUCAUAUUAUUCUAAGACUUAAUUGCCUCUUCAGGUCACUUUUUCCCUUUUGAGUUUCUAAAUUCUAGGUGUUAAUGUAUAAUAACUUGAAACAUACUAUGGAUUAAUCAUUUGAAUGGUAUUCCAUUUUACAUAUUAUACUGGCGAAUUUGAUUGUCCUGAAUUCUGACAUAACAUUUAUUUGAAAAAAUGGAAUUCAUCAUGUUCUAAAUUUUUCCACAUGAAGUGUAAACAUGUCUUGUUUAACAUGUUCAGUAGACUCUAGAAUCCUAGGCUGUAAUGUUUGGAGAGAACCUUAGACUGUAUUUGAUCUAGUCUUUCUCAGCCUUGGCAAUUUUAAGAUGUGUGGACUUUGUGACUGGCUGGGAAUUCUGUAGCAUCCCAACAAAUGGCUAUCCUAGCUCUGAAUAUGCAGGGGAGAGUCCACCAUUUCCCAAAGUAGUCUUGUUCCAUUGUUGAAUAGCUUUUGCUAUUUUCCUUGAUGUCUGACUGAACUUUGCUUCCCUGUAAUCUCUAUCCAUUAUUUCUUUUGUCUUUUGGAAGAACUGUGAUCAAUCCUGGCCUGUUUUCUACAUGACAGCCCUUCAGGUACUUGAACACAAAUAUCAUGUCUUUUCUCCUCCAGCCUUAACCUUGUGAUCUACCAAAAUACCCAGGUACAGUAUAUACUCACAUGUAAGCCCAUCCACAAAUAAGCUGACCUUGGAAUUUUUAACCAAUAUGUCAAAAAAAAUGUGCUACCUAAGGAUAAGCUGACCCACAUUUUUCAUGAAGUUUUGGUCAAAAAAUCCCAAGGUCAGCGUAUGCAUGGAUGGCUUAUGUAUGAGUGUAUAUGGCGAUAAUAGGUACUCACAGAUUAGCUCAUCCAUGGAUAAGCCAAAAUCAAGUGUUUGGAGGUGUAUAUUGGUACCUAAAAUUCUCGGCUUGUCCACAAGUAUAUGUGGUAGUUUUCACAUAUACUGCCCAGUAUUGCAUCCCCAUUUCUACCUUUCAUAUUUUUCCUAAACAAUUAUAAACUCAUUUACUGAGAUGAAUGGCUUUACACAUUGCUGUAGCCUAGUCAAGGUCCUGCUGAAUCUUGGUACUGUUCACCAAACUAAGUAACAUCCUCAGUGCUAGAAAAGAAUGGGGUUUCCUCACUAGCAAUCAACACCUAUAUGAGCAGAGAUUAAUACUAGACCAGCUAUCAAGAAAUAAACAAUACUCAAAUCAAGGAUCACCAAUGAAGACAAACUAACAGUAAAGAACACCCUAAAUGAGAAAUCACCACGCUCACUCGCACCAACAGGGUAGUAAAAUGAGAGCAAACCCCACUCCCUCCUGACACUGAUGAUGUUACUUUGUCUGGUAACAAAAGUCUGCAAGAAAAUCAUCAAGUUCAGAGAGCACGAAGGACCCACAUGAAUAAUAUUUGCCUUUCUCCAGUCCUGUGGUUCUAUGCCCAUCAUCCAUGAUUUCUUAAAGAUCAUAAGGGCUCCUAAAUAACAUUUGCAGGCUCCUUCAGGACUCUUGAAUGUAAUUGGUCACAUUCUGGAAGCAAAUCCAUUCUGGGAAGCCAGGUGCUUCCUAGCCUUUUAGUUACCUUGGAUUACUAUUCCCUUUUGUUAGUAGUUCUUCUUAGGUCCCUUUGUAUAUAUAGUUUCUCUUUGGGAAGAAGGCUGAAUAGAAGUUCAGCAACUCUGCUUUCUCCCCUUCAAUCCUACUAUCUUCUCACAGGGUUUCCUCUAACUCCUUUUUCUUUUCUUUUUUUCCUACUGCAACAGGAAUAACGAUUACUAUUACUGAAAGUAAGAAAUACUGGAAAAUAUAGGAAUUAAAUUCUAUGAAUAGUUUUAAUCUAAAGAUAUGGACUUUUCCUUCUUUACUUUUACUUACUUACUAAUGUUUCCAUUCCAUUCCAUCUCCAGAGACUUCAGGCAGUAAACACCAUAUAAAAAUUUACAGAAUUAUUGAAGUAGAUGUUUUAUUUCUUUUUCAUGUAUUUAUUUCAAUCCUUGAUCCCACAAACCUAACACAUGGCCACUUUAAUUGCUAAUCAUUUAAAUCUUAUUGAGGAAACUGUGUUCACACUUAUUAAGGAAUCUAAUUUUUCUCAGGGGAUAAAGCAGAUUGAAACUUGAAAAUACAUAAAUGUGGGCCUAAUUUGCAGUAGGUCUGAUAGUCAUGUUAGUUCCAGCAGGUAGAACACAUGUUGAUUGUAAUGUCCAUUUUCAUUCUUAUAAACCAUAAUAAAGAAAAUCUGCACACAUGGACACAUAAUGACAUUAUUCUUCAGGAUUAAAUCAAAAGUAAUGGAGUAAAUAUACCUAUUAUUCACAAUUCCUUAUUGUUCACUAUGGCAGAAGGCUGUUGUAUGUUAAAUAUUUAACAAAUGAAUGCUAUUGAAGUCUGUUGGUGAACAAGUCUACACCUAUUACUACACUAAUUUUGUAAACACCCAGUUGUAAUGGUUUUUAAGUCAUACUAGAAUGUCAGUAGUUUGUCAUUUCUAAUUUUGGCAUUGGAGAUAUUUAGGUGAGGAAAGUCUGUAUAUUUUGUAAAUUACUAGUGAUGCUUUGCCAUCCUUGUGAAUGUGACAAUUCUGUAUAAAUGCACACAGAUUCUGUGAUACUGCAUGUCUGGGUAGUUCUGCAUAUUUAUUGUAUUAUUUCAAUGACAUAGAAUAAAAUGUUUCCUGAUUGUU